AUGUAAAUUUUAAUUUCUAAAUUGCAGCCCUUUAAAAUUUUAAAGUAAGAUUUCUUUCUCUUCAAAUAAAUUUAUAGUAGCAAUGGGAUUAUUAUUCAUGCCAAAGACUUUUAAAUCAAAAAAUAAAAUUUCUUAGAAUUAUUAACAAAUAAACUAUCUAAAAAUUUUACCCUAAAGACCUUCAUCUAAGAUAGAACUGAAUAUAUACUUUAAAUGCUAAUAACUUAGACAAUAGAAAUAAAAAAUUCUUAUUUAAGAAUGAGCUAGUUUUACAAGCUACCCUAAUUUGUAGACGAUUGUUUUCUCUAUCUAAUUUAAGGUAAGUGCUUGGACAUAUUAGCUGAAAAAUAUUGGUAAACAUUAAUAAGUUUUUAAUUUAGACAUGGAGAGUGUGAAGAGCAAAUUAUGAAAAUUAAAAAAAUCAACAAAUAGGUAUAUGAAUUUAUCAAAUAAUUUUAUGUAUCUAUUUCUAUUAAAUUUAAGUAAUGUAUAUAUGUACGUCAAUCAGAGAUGAGACUCUUAUAUUUAUCUGUAUAAAAUAUGUAAAUUUCUUUAAUAUAUUAGAAAAAAGUCAAAUUUUAAAGAAAAUAUAGAUCUAAGGAGAAACCUUAUAUAAUAAAUAGAGAAGACACGAAAAGAUAUAAAAUGAUGUGA